AUGGAGACCCUCGGCGGAGUAACUGCAAUCUUCACCAUAGCGAACGAAUUCCACAAUGUCUGCAAAAAGCUCAAUCGGUUCAUAAAGAACGUGAAAUACGGUCACAAAGAAGUAGACAUGAUCGCCCACGAGGCCGAGAUAUUUGCUCUACUGCUGCAGCGAUUCGGCAAGACGAUGCGGACAGCCGACUCACCUGAAGGAGGAUUCUUGAUAGAUCUCGAUUCUAACAGAAUCACCGACAAGAUUGUGCAGGCAUCGCAGGACAUCGGGGAUAAGAUUCGACACCUGCUGAAGAAGUCUGAACCGCUUCGACUUGAUAAGCCAGAAUACUCUCAGGUCAAACGAUGGUGGGUCGCUCUGAAGUGGUCCACCUGGAAGGAGGAAUGGUCACAGAUCCACCUAUUCCUCGUUUCCACCAAGGUAGACGCAGAGUUGCUCAUAUCAAUGAUAAAUUUGGAGACCCUUAUGAACCAUAUAAGGGCACUCAGAACCAAUGACAGAGAGGUUCCGGAGGACUUGAAACAAGAGCUGGAGGCGAGCAAGAGAGCCAUCAAGGGUCUGCGGAACAGUGUCAAGAAGUUGCAGAAGAGAUGCCAGCGCCUAGAACUCCGGGGAGAAGAUCGCCUAGUGGUGCAGCUAAACAUAGGCCUUGCCGAGGCCACUCGAGGCGUUGUGCGAAACUAUAUUGAGACACAUGAGGAGAUCAAAGCCAUUCUAAACACCGACACUCCACCGACAUCUGCUCAAGUGAGCAACAUGGAAUCGGCCGGCUCAGUCAGCCAUGCUGAGGAGGCUAACUUCUCGCAAUCUCGAUAUGCCAGAACAGAAAACAGCUUCGCAGUAGAGCAUGGAUCACUGAGAAGAUCAGAGAUAUCGGGUAUCGUCGAUGAUGAGAGUGAGAGCGACUUGGACGAUAUGGGGUGGGAAGAUGGGAGCCCUGUGGAAGAAGCUGUCGAGCACACUGACAGUAGUGAAGAGUUCGGCGAAGUCGCUGAAGAGGGCAGGGCAAUGAGUGAAGCAACCCCUGACGGAGAACACAUCAUCCAUGUCUACAGAGAGCCAAUGCCCGAGGAGGUCAUUGAGGAGGGACGACGCGUGCUUGAAGAACCUGACGUGCCUGAAGAACCGGACGUGCCUCAAGAACCUGGCGUGCCUGAAGAACCUGGAACUGUACCUGGAACUGCACGGGGUGAAGAGACUAAUCCAACAGCUUCAGAGGUCGAGAAUGGAGUUUCUUUCAAGGACUUCACAUAUUUCGAAGAAUUACCAAACAACAAACCCUCUGAGCAAUGGAUGCAGUCGGCACUACACGGCCUUCAUAAUGGGAGAAGAAGUCGGCGUAGGCAAAGGCCGAAGACCCCAGAAAUGCCACCAGGAGACAUUGUCGUUGACAGGAACGACGGGCGCGGUGCACAACACGAAUAUCGACCUCCGCGGCGGCCUAGGGAUCCGUCAACGGCCAAGGGUUAA